AUGAUAACUGAGGCUCUUCAUAUUUUGCUAGAAGGAGCUGUUCGUAAAGGAUACAUUGAUGGUAUUGAAAAUGUGGCACUAAACAGAAGUAUUUCUCAUUUGCAAUUCGCGGAUGAUACGAUAUUGUUCAUUCGUCCAGAUCAAAGUAGUCUGAUCAAUGUUAAGAGAAUAUUGAGAUGCUUUGAAUUGGGUUCGGGAUUAAGCAUUAAUUUUAGGAAGUCGUGCUUAGCAGGGGUGAAGGUUGAAGAAGAUAAAUUAAAACAGCUAGCUCGUUUGGGCGGUUGUUCUAAAAGCAGGACGCUAUCUUUUGCUGGGCGAGUGGUUCUUAUUAAUUCAGUGUUGUCAAUGCUGCCGUUAUAUUAUAUGCCGAUAUUCCAUGUUCCAAAAGCGGUUGUAUCAAAAAUUGAUAAGAUUAGAAGAGGUUUUUUAUGGGGUUAUGAUGGAAACAAAAAUAAAUUUCCAAGGGUGAACUGGGGUAGAUUGUGUUGUCCGAAAAAGAAAGGUGGGGCUGGAAUAAUCAAUCUAAAGGCAAAGAAUAUGGCGUUACUUGCUAAGUGGGGUUGGAGAUUUGCAACUGAAAGAGGGGCAUUAUGGAGGUCAGUAAUUAGUCACAAAUAUGGCUCAGGUGAUCUGCCUUGGUUGGUUAGUCUUGGAGAUAUCAAGAAAGCUUCGAUAACAUGGAGAGGGAUUGUGAAUAAAUUGUCUAGUGAAGGUACAGCUAAAUGGAUGAGUGGAGAAUCAUUCAGGUGGGUAGUGGGUGAUGGGAAAUCAGUUUUAUUUUGGGAGGAUGUGUGGUUUGGGGAAAGUGCUUUAAGAUCAAGAUAUCCUCGUAUUUACAGGUUAGCGUUGAGGAAAUAUAUUACGGUGUGUGAUAUGAUUUCUGCAGGUGAAUGGCAAAACUUAGAUACAACAGCUUUGUUCGAGCGACAAUUGCUUGAUAGGGAAUUAACUACUGUUCGAAUUAUAAAACGCGAAGUGGACGAUGUGAGUUUUAAUUCGUCUGUGGCUGAUCGGAUUGUAUGA